CUGUUUUCAAAGAACCAACAAUAAAUCCCGGACACCCGGAUUGGUCCGGAAGUGGGUAAUUAGGGUUAUUUUGAUGUUUUAAGCAUACAGUUAAUUCUUAUUUUGUUAUGUAACUUUAGUUUAAGUUUAUUUUGGAAUGUAAAUAUAAUUAUUAAAAUAUCUAUUAUUUUGAAAGCAAUAAUUUUAUUUCACAAGUAAAAUGGCAACAACGGAACAGUUUUCAUUAAGAUGGAAUAAUUUCCAUUCAAACAUGACUUCGGGGUUUCACGAUCUUUUAGAAGCGGCCGAAAUGGUAGAUGUAACUUUAGCUGUUGACGGUCAUUUUUUGCAAGCACAUAAAAUAGUUCUCUCAAUAUGUAGCCCAUAUUUUAAACAAAUGUUCAAAAUUAAUCCUUGUAAACAUCCUAUUGUGAUAUUAAAAGAUAUCAGUCACGAAAAUAUGAAAGAUAUUCUACAAUUUAUGUAUAUGGGUGAAGUUAGUGUACUAAGAGAGAAUUUAACUCAAUUUCUAAAAAUCGCCGAACUUCUUCAAGUAAAAGGACUAACAGGAGAUGAUUCUAGUGAAGAUACUUCAUCAACUAAGGAAGCUAAAAUAGAAUAUACCAAUGAUAUCGAAGAAAACGAAAUUUAUAAUGAUUUUAUUGAAAAUAACGUAGAAAUACCAAAAUUUACUCAUUCUCCUGUUACUCAAUGUUCUACGGCCACUAAACGAACAAAAAAUACAACAAAUGGAAGUACAAAUUCUAAACGAACUCAGAUUGAAUCUUAUCAGUCUCAAUCAAAAUUGAUAAAAUCCGAAUUUGAGCCAGCAAAAUCGAAAAAUGAUUCGAUUAUAAAUAAUAAUACUACUAGUCAACAAAAUACAACUGAUAAUAUACUCAAACUCGGUACUGAAUUAGAAGACAUCAAAGAACCGAUGAACUUGAAGACAAUGUGGAAUUUUAGUACGUCUUCGUCUCCGGAAUUUGUCAAUGCAGAUCAAGUUGAGAUGUGGUUCGAUCUGGGUAGACGUGAAGGUUUUCCCACACAAUAUGGAUCAAACAAAACUCCCGUCACUGUGGAUGUUUUAGACGCCGGUUUUAUUGCCGCAGGAAUCAUUUUAGGAAUAUCAUUUUGUUGUGCUUUACCCACUCCAAAACUCAAAGAGAAUUCGAUUGUUUUUAUAAGAGUUGGUGUAACCAUCAUCAUAGGAACGCUUUUAUUAAUAAAUAACUUUGGUCAAGAAUGGGAAGUUGGACAUAUAUUCACAAAAACUCCUUAUAAAGCAGGAUCCGGAGAAGAAAUAAACGCUUCCAUAUCUCUAAAAAUCGGACUUCGUAGUCUAAAUGUAACUUUGAAGGCGAAUUCGUCCGAAAGUAGUACAUUAAAGUAUGAGAUAAUUAAUUACAACGAAAGAUUUGAAUGGACUUGGGAUCAAGGAGUAUUUGGAUUCGGACCGUAUGCUGGAAAGUUACAAAGAGAAUAUAGACAAGCUCAAUAUCGAGGUGUGCCCCACCCAAUUUUAUGGGUAGUUGAAUAUUUUAUAAUAGACGGUGAAGGUUUCAGAUACGGUCGUUUUUAUAGAACUGCCGGUUGGUACACGCACAUUUUAAUGUGGACGGCAUUUCCCUGCUGGAUUUUGUCUUUAAUAUUAUUCAGAUCAGUGAUUAGAUACGGAGCAUAUUUUCUUGGAAUAUGCGGAGGCCUACUAUUAUUCGGUAAUUUUAUAUACCUAGUAAUACGUAAUCCUAAUCCACUAAAAAUACAUUUCGAAGACGACAUACUGACUACGAAAUUUGGAUUUCACUAUUGGUGUACUUUUGCUUUAGGAAUAUUUUGCAUUAUAUUAUCCUUAACGGUAAUAUUUAUGGAAUAUAAAUAUGAUCAACAAAUUUGCAGUUUCUUUGGAGUCAAUCCGCUUAAUAGUUAUGAUGCAGUAGCAUAUUUGACUAAAGAAGAACGAUUACUUUUGAGACAUAAAUCUACUAAAUAUAUCAAAACUAACGUCGAUAUACCUUUAGUUGAUAUGGAAACUGCACCGAAUGAAGACGAUGACGAUGUUGAUUACGUUCCUGUUUAUUUAAAACGACGAAAUAUUACGUCUGUAUCAGCUCCUGUUGUUAAUAGAACAGUGAAACCAAACAGACAUAAAUUACCUUUACCACCACCACCUGAAUCCAGUAGUAAUUAAUAUUUGUUUAUAUAUUUCAAUAUUUUACUAAAUAUAUAUAUAUAUAUCUCAUUUUUAAUAGCUUUUUUUGUAUUUACUACGACAAUAAUAAAUAUUAUAUACUAAAAAAA